ACCCUACUUAAUUUCCGUCAAAAAAGGCAAGUGCCCUUUCGGUAGCUUUAACUUAGCAUUGAAGCAAAACAAAAAGAAAAAUGGAAUCUCCAAAACCACAACCACCACAACCGCAAAAUCUAGACGAAUACUCAGCCGCCACAACUGUCAUCAACUUCGACCACCCCAUCCCCUUGCUCCGUGGGCCCAUUCGCCGGCCCAGCCCAUCAUCAGGCCCAUAUGUACUCGCAUUCCGAGACCUCCAAACCUGGUUCUCCGCUCUCAAAUCCUCCGAGUCCCAAAUCCUCGACCAGUGCGUCACCGGAGCUAGAAUCGGCUGCGCGCUCACCGCCUCCAACAAAUGUAAGCCUCCCUGGUGGCGAUCCCUCAUUGGUCCGAAACAAACCGACUUGAAAGCACGAGAACAUUGCGAGGCGCGCGAAAUGGAAGCUUGCUUUGUUGCGGCGAAAGAGAAGUGCGUCGCGUUUGCUGCGGAGAAGUGCGCGACGCCGUUUCGGGACGCGUGGAUUGCGACGCGCGUGAAUCCGAAGGUUGGCAGGAGGUUGAUUGGUUGGGCCUCGGUGCCGGAGAGGUGUACGUGGAUUAAUUCGAUUGGUCUGGAUUUGGGAGAUUGUGAAUUCGGCGAAACGAAUUGUUAUAGGGCUAGCGAAUUGCUUGGCUCUAACACCGAUUUUGGAUCCGAUCGCUUCAAAGGGUCUUGCUUGUAAGAGUAAGGUGGAAGGUGAGAUUGGAAGUUCAAGAGCUAGAGCUGUGGAGCCUACCGAUAUAAAGAAAAAGUUAUUUGAUCAUGUAUCCAUCAUAAAAAGAAUCAAACCGACUACAAUAGGUCAAGAGACUUCUAGCUCAACUACCACCUAUUGGUAUUUCCAAUAGAGACGUCUAAGGAUUAAAUCUCCCGUCCUCAUUGUGACUGUCGAAUUAUCAAAUUGAAGAAUGGACUAAAAUAGAAUAAGUACUUUAUAAACAAAUUGAAUGGAAAGAAAAGUCACUUAACUUCUUCUUUUUUUAAUCGAAUUAUCAAAAUGAAGAAUGGACUAAAAUAGAAUAAGUACAUUAUAACAAAUUGAAUGGAAAGAAAAGUCACAUAACUUUUUCUUUGGGAAAGAAAAGGAAUAAUUGUUUGUUUGGAUAGCAGGAUUUAGGCUUGUGAAUUUGGAUUUGAGGGACUAAAUCUAAAUUAUCUUGUUUGAAUAGUUUAAAAUUGUAAUGAUUUGGAUUCGGGCCAUAUCCACUAAGGAUUUCAAAACCCAAAAUUUAAAUAGUACUAACAUUAAGCCCUUUGGAAUUUUAGAAAUCCUUAGCCAUACUUUGAUAUGAUCAAAACACUGUCAAAGCCUUAGAUUAACAUUCAGUCCCUUGGAAUUUCAAAGGUAUGUUUGUUUUUGGUUAUAUUUUUUGUUUUUGCUUCCCAUAUAUGCGUUUACCAUCGAUAGGUUUUUUAGUGUUUAAAAAUGUUGUAGUAUAAGAAAGAAGCUGAGCUUGGGCACAGUAAUUUGCAAGUUUAGAAUUCAUGUAGCAUGGAUUUUGAGAAUGUGUAGCAAGCAUGUCAGUCUAAAAAGAUGAAUAAAAGCAAAUAAUUAAAAUUUUAAAAGAAAAAGCUGCUGACAAAAAGAUGCAGAUGAUUUGUUUUAUCGGUUUGGAGUUCCUUGAUAUAGUCUAUAUAUCUUAUGAGAAUGACAAACAGAUACAGAUGAUUAGGUUAAAGUAUAGUUGCUGCCUGUAAAGUAUGAUAUAGAUAUAUAUUACAAUUAUAGAACAAUUUUACACUGCUUAAUUGGGAACAUGUGCAAGGCAACCAUGGUGACCAAAUGGGAUCCAUCAUCCCUAAAAUUUGAAUCUGAAAUAUACUGUUUCCCCCCCCAAAAUUAACUGCUUAUUAGUAAACUUCAUUAGUCUUUCGUCAUGAAAAUGCAAUCCCAAUUAAAAGUAUUGGUGCUUCAAUUGCAAGCCUAAUGCCAUUGGCAAUUGCCUCUCCCACCAACAUUGUCACAAUCAUGGUUGUCCUCUUUUUGUUGUCCUUACUACCAACAUGAGCAUGGUUUGGCCACCUUUAACAAUCACUAUUAAGUGUGAGUGUGUUGUUCUUUACAUGGUUAUCACUAUUACUGCUUGUUGUCAUUGAGACCAUCAGCACUCUUAUCUCCUCUAUCAUCUUAAACACUGCCAGCUUAAAUAGCUUUUUUUUUUUGGAAUU